AUGUCUUCAUCAUUAUUAUUAUCUAAUCUUCGUAUUCUUAUUCAUCCACAUUAUUCAUUGAAUAUAUUUCUAUCUGUUUUUUAUCUUCUAUUAAAACAAUUAAUACCAAAAUCUUUAUGUUCAUAUAUAUUUAUAAAUGAUACAAUAACAACACAAGAUACUCAAGUAUUAUUACUUUUAGCAACAAUAAUAACAAUUCGUGGACGAAAAGCUUUAACAUGGUUACAUUAUAUUGAUAAUGUAUGUAAAUAUUCAAAAAUGGCAAAUUGUCUUUUAUUUUAUCGUGAAGAAUCUUAUGUUUUAUUAAUAUUCUAUGCAAUAUUAUGUCUUCUUCAUUUUCUUUUUUUUCCUUCACCUGAACCAACAGGUAAAACAAAUAUUUUUUAUUAUCGUGCAAAUAAUUUAGAUAAUGAAAUUCGUGCUGAUCCUCGUUUAACAUGGUUUGUUUGUUUUUAUGCUCCAUGGUCUCCUCCAUGUCAAAAUUUUUCAAGUGUUUUUGUUGAUUUAUCAACACGUUUUGGUGAUUUAAAAACAUUUAAAUUUGUUAAAUUUGAUGUUAAUCGUUAUCCAGCUGAAGCAACUAAAUUUAAAAUUGAUACAUCAACAUUUUCUAAACAAUUACCAACUCUUGUUUUAUUUCAAGAUGGAAAAGAAGUUAAACGACGACCACAAAUUGAUGUUAAAGGAAGAGUUUUAGAUUCACAACGUUUAUUAACAGCUGAUUAUUUAAUUGAUGAAUUUGGUCUUGCAGAAAUUUAUACAAGAGAAGCAAAUAAAAUUAAAGCUAAUACUAAGAAAGAACAAUAA